UGGAGUGUGUUUCACUGCUGAAUGAUGUGAGAGAGAGCAAACUGAUUGGACUGGUGCAGCAAAACAACGAACAUGCGCUAUUCAUAUAUUCCCAUCGAAGAAUGGCCAUCACUGGUGAUGAUGUCACACUGGAUGAAAUCAUACCCAUUUCUUAUGACUUUUCAGUUGUUGAAGUUUCAUCUCCAGAUGAGCUUGCUGUUGUUGGUGCAGAUACUCGGGUACGAGUAACGUUUUUCGAAGAGGAGUUGGAGCUGAAGUUACCUUUUGGUUCUCAUACCCGUCUCUUCCUCAGUGAAGUCAAUCGGGCAUGGAGUGAUGUCUGUGAGCAGCAUCCGAAGGAUGAACCAAAAUUCGACUGGCUUACCAAGUACCGUAAGAUGUCAAAAGGAGCUCGAUCACUAAGAAAGUCAAUUGGAGCAACAACUGUCAAGAUGAGUCAAAUUAAGAAAUCAGAAAGAGCAGACGCAGCCAACAACAGCGGACAGAUGAAAGAGGAUGAACGGACCAGAGGAGAUGGCGUGCAUGAAAGUCAGGAGAGAGUGAAGAGUGAGGUGAGAGAUGACCUGAUCCGAAACUCCCAGCCCAUCCUGUCAAAUAAAUCCCAGAUGCUCGGCAUGCCCCAGUACGGCCUGCGGGAUAACCUCAUCAAAUGUGAGCUCCUCAAGAACGAGGACGCCUACACCUACAUCAAGAACUACAGCUUUUUCUUGGGCACCUACAAUGUGAAUGGCAAGAAUCCAAAGGAAAGUCUCAGUCCAUGGCUGGCAUCCACCACCACUCCUCCAGACUUUUACCUUGUGGCUUUCCAGGAGCUGGAUCUCAGUAAAGAGGCGUUUCUCUUCAAUGACACUCCUAAAGAACCCGAGUGGAUGUUAGCUGUCUACAAGGGCCUCCAUCCAGAUGCCAAGUACGCUUUUGGUAAUAAAGGUGCAGUAGCAAUCCGCUUUCAGUUUCACAACUCCGACAUCUGUGUGGUGAACUCCCACCUCGCCGCGCACACAGAAGAGUUUGAAAGACGCAAUCAGGACUUUAAGGACAUUUGUCGCAGGAUGCAGUUCAGUCCGGAUGACCUCACACUACCACCCCUCACCAUCAUGAAACACAAUGUUGUGUUAUGGCUGGGAGAUCUAAACUACCGAAUAAGUGACCUUGAAGUUGAUCAUGUGAAAGACUUGAUAGCUAAAAAGGAUUUUGAGAGCUUGUAUAAUCACGACCAGUUGAAACGGCAGAUGGAUGAGGAGGUUGUGUUUGUGGGCUUCACGGAGGGAGAGAUUGAUUUCCAACCAACAUACAAAUACGACACUGGCUCAGAUCAGUGGGAUACAAGUGAGAAGUGCCGAGUUCCAGCAUGGUGUGACCGCAUCCUGUGGAGGGGAAAGAACAUUAAACAGCUUCAUUACCAGAGUCACAUGACCCUAAAGACCAGCGACCACAAACCCGUCAGCUCUCUGCUAGAGAUCGGGAUCAAGGUCGUGAACGAGGAGUCCUACAAACGGACGUUCGAAGAGAUCGUGAGGCACAUUGACAGACUGGAGAAUGAUUGUAUUCCUUCAGUGUCUCUGUCUCAAAGAGAAUUCCACUUCCAGGAUGUGAAGUUCAUGCAGCAUCAGGCAAAGACUGUGACCGUUUAUAAUGAUGGACAGGUGCCGUGUCAAUUUGAGUUUAUUCCAAAGCUGGACGAGCCCUCCUACUGCAAGCCCUGGUUAGCAGCAAACCCAGCUAAAGGCUUCUUGGCUCAGGGUGCCAGUGUGGACAUCGACCUGGAGGUGUUUGUGAACCGCUCUACAGCCCCAGAGCUGAACUCAGGCCAGCAGCAGCUGGAGGACAUCCUGGUUCUGCAUCUGGACAGGGGGAAAGACUACUUCAUCUCCGUCACGGGCAACUACCUGCCCAGCUGCUUCGGCUCGUCUCUCAGUACCCUGUGCCUGCUGAGAGAACCCAUCCAGGACAUGCCCCUGGAGACCAUCAGAGAGCUGUCAAAUAGCCAGGUGAGUAACCCAGAGACUGAUAAACCUCAAGAAAUCCCCAAGGAAAUAUGGAUGAUGGUGGACCAUCUCUUCCGUAAUGCUAAAAAACAGGAAGAGCUCUUUCAACAGCCCGGCCUGCGCAGCGAGUUUGAGGAGAUUCGCGAUUGUUUGGACACGGGCAGCUUAGACACUCUGCCCGGCAGUAACCACUCUGUGUCUGAAGCCCUGCUCCUGUUCCUCGAUGCCCUUCCUGAACCGGUGAUUCCCUUCUCCUUCUACCUGCAGUGCUUGGAGUGCUGCUCUGACAGCAGCCAGUGUAGACAGAUCAUUUCUAUGCUACCUCAGUGCCAUAAAAAUGUUUUCAACUACUUGACGGCCUUUCUGCAAGAGCUGUUGAAGUACUCUGCACACAAUCGGCUGGAUGUCAAUAUUUUAGCCCCGAUCUUUGCUGGCAUUUUGCUCCGGUCGCCCACAAAGCAAGAUUCCACAGAGAAAAGAAAGGUGAAGGAGUUUUUCCAGCAUUUCUUGGUCCAGAUGCCCUCUGACAGAGACAUUCAUGAUAAAAUACCCGAAUAAUGUACUGCAUCGUGUUGCCUUUAUUAUUUCACACGCCUGUUUUUAUUCCAGGUUUCAGAAUUAUGUCGAUAUACUUUGUAGUUGCCAUUUAAUUCAAAGCAUUUUAAACAGAUAUUGAAGCUAAUUUGUUUUAUUACAAAGCAAAUGGGAGUUUUUAUUGGAAAGAUAAUGGUUAUUUAAUUAAAUAUAUUUGUAUUUUGAUGUUUGUAAAUAAAAAAAAC